CAAGGAGAGGGGAGACCUCAUCAUAUCAGCCAUACGCUCCCAAAGGACCGCACUGCUUUUCUCAUAAUUAUUGAGAUUAGGAAGUAACUGAAGAAAAAAAAUUAAGGGAAGUAGAUGAGAGAAACUAAAAAACAUUAAUUUAAAGAAAGUGAAGGCAGGUUGCCUCGGAGCUCAGUUCCAGUCCCUGGAGGGCAACAGGCAUCAGCUGAGCACCAGGGAGACAACCCAGGCAGCAGGACAUGUGGCUGCUCCCGGUUCUGCUCCUUCUCGUCGUCCAAGGCCACUUCUCCAUCUGCCAGGAAAAAGAGGUGAGAGGCACAGAGGGGGGCAACCUGACGGCGUACUGUGAGUAUACCAAAGGAUGGGAAUCCUACAAGAAGUGGUGGUGCCGAGGGAGGAACUGGGAUUCCUGCAGAAUCCUUGUAAAAACCCCUGGGUCAGAGCAACUGGUGAAGAAGGGCAGAGCGUCGAUCCAGGACGAUCACAGCAUACGCCACAAUCACCAUGACCUUGGAAGAGCUCCGGCUGGACGACGCAGACACCUACUGGUGUGGGAUUGAGAAAACAGGCAAAGACCUGGGGUACAAAUUUUCCGUGA